UAGACAUUUCUCUGUCACAGCACAAAGCAGCCUCGGCGUGCAACAGCAAGCACGCACACAGCUGGCGUCAACAUUGGGCACAGGGCAACAGCUUUCUGUAGCUACCAUCUAGCGCUGGUAAAUAUAAGUGGCAAAAAAACAACUGGUUCGUCACUUUAAUUUGAGUUUUGUCAUACCCACCUUUGUUUAAUAAGAAGAACAGUGCGCGGACGUCCGAGGAGAAUUCUGGCGUGCAGUGCGAGUGAACGGAAUUAGAUGUAGUUUUAAUUAAGUCUGUUCCCGUCAACCAUGUCUGGGGCUUUGAGUGAAGGCACGGAGACAAAAACAUAGCAGGAUUUAAUUAUCUCCGGGUCCGUAUUGAAAAAAAUCGACCCCGAGUCAUUUUCCUCGAGAAAAGUCAAUUUUGAUGAAACUCAUUUGCAUAAAGAGGGCGCCCAUAUCGACCAGUUGUCAAUACUACGACGGCAAGUUUCGAAUAUCUUAACGACAAAUAAGGAAGGAAGAAAAAAAAGACAUUUAGACUAAAUAAGGGAGUGUUUCUUUAAAUAGUUCAAUUUAAAGUGUCCAGAGUUCCAGACCGGAUGUGGUGCUGUGUGUGAUGUGACAUGGUCCUGGACAACAUUUACUCAAUGCCUUCACUACAGAUCUUGGAUGUCUACUCGCUUGCGUCUCGAGACCCCCCGCCUAACAACAGUUAUAAUCUUCAACCAAAUCUACAGCCACCGGAAAUAUCCAUCGCUCCGGCAUUUCCGUACUUGCAGCCGCCUUCUGAUAAUGUGAACUGCUACCAACACGGUAGCACGGGUAGCUACUACCAUCAAGGCUACCACGAAAACCCGUAUGUUUGGGUCGGUGGUAGCGCCGGAUACGCCGCCUACGACCAAAGACCGACGAACUACGUCACCCAACGUCCUUGCCAGCGUAGACUUGCCGGAGAAAAGACCGACAGAUCUAGUCGCAAACGUCGGGCCCCGACUACAGCUCAGCGUCGGGCAGCCAACAUCAGAGAAAGACGUCGGAUGUACAACUUGAAUGAAGCCUUCGACUCUCUGCGCCAACGGAUACCAACGUUCGCCUAUGAGAAACGCCUUUCUCGUAUAGAAACGCUUCGACUGGCUAUCUCGUAUAUUUCUUUCAUGGCGAGUAUUCUCAACGGCGAAGAUCCAAGCGCUAUCCGUGUCAGUAACUACGAUACGAACAUUUGCAAGCAGACUUCUCUGAGAGGAGUUCAAAACUUGCAGGACGGCGAUUCAAUGACGUCGUUACAAGGCUAUGAACCGGAUAUGGACGACGGCAAGAUCGACCAGGAUUCGGAGAGUCCGGCUGACGAUGCUAGUGAUGAUGAUGAGGAAGAAUCUCUGGAAGGACAGUGUGACCGUAGUGUGGACAGUGCCUAGAGAUGAUGUCGUCUGCUGAACUCGUCGUUUCUACUGUGGGGUGGUUGUUUCUUUGUGGUGUAGCGUGGUGCGAGAGGGAUUGUUUUCACAUUUUAAUAUCAAAAUUUCUCAUAAAGAUUUUUCCCGUACACCAGAUAAGUAUUUUAUAAUUGUAUAUAUUAUGUCCGCAUAUUUCUUCACACACAUACAAGUAAGCAGAACAUAUUAGCACUGGAAAAUAUUUCCUACAAGGAAGUUUUGUUCUUUUGAAAUUCAUUAAAUUGACAACAAAAAAAAUGCAUCUCAGCAAAAAUGUUA